AUGGAACAUAUAGAGCAAAAAAAUGUAACUGACCUUGAUGAUAGUAAUUUUAGGCUAGGAAAAUACUCUAGUAGUGAUGAUUUAUUUGUAAAACAAAUGAAAAAAUGUGCAAGCACUUCUAAAGAUACCAUAAAAAAGAAAAGAAAAACGAGUGAAAGCACAACUAAUACAUUAGCAGAAACAAUAAGUAAUGAAAACAUUUUUGAAGAUGAUAACAGUCAAAUUUUAUAUCGAACAGAAGAAGAGGAAAACAAUCUACAAACCAAUCUGAACACUUUAUUGGCCUCAAUAUUUCAGAAUAGAAUUCUGCAAUUAGAGGUUUCAGAUUAUCUUGGAAUACAAGAACUUUCAUAG